AUGCUUGAUGAAGAUACCAUAGUAAAAUGGAGGCAAAAUUUGGAGGAAAAAGAGCAGGCUUUAGCGCUACUUUCAGAGGAAAAGAGAUUAAAGGCGGUAGCAGAAGCCAAUUUAAAAAGAAAUCUUGAGUUCUUGAACCAAAAAUUGGAGAUGGAUUCUAACCGUCUAAAGGAUGAUAUACAGAGACUUGAGAAUGAAUUAUCCCGUCUCCGAAUCUGCAACCAUUCAUCUAGUAGCUCAUCCCAAGGAAUGCUGGAUAGUGGUGACAACUGGAACAGCACAGUAAUUCCUCCUGGAUCAUCUAGUUCACAUGAUUUUUCUGAAGAACCUAUAUGUGACAGGCUAUGCGUAAUCUGCUGGAAGAAUGAAGCUUCUAUUCUUUUCCUGCCAUGUGCUCAUCAAGUUAUGUGUGUAAGUUGCAACGAGGAUCACAGCAAGACUGUGCCUGUGGGAGGUAGAUGUCCAUGUUGCUAUGGUCAGAUUGAACAGAAAAUAAGAGUUUAUGCUGCAAGCUCAUAG